AUGAAGACGUUACAGACAAAAUUUGAAAUGGACAAAUUCUACAAACCACUCAGAGUCUACGUUGAUAAGAAGUACAAGGGAACCAAAGAGGAGUACUCCAAGGAGUUGGAGGAAUCGUGCACCAUUUACAUCCAGAAUAUCCCACUUCAUGUCAGAGAAGAGAGACUUUGGAACAUAUUCAAGUUAGUUGGUGAAAUUGAUAAGGUGAUAAUGGGAGUGAAUAAGCAGCACUAUUUCGUAGGAUUCGCGUUCAUCAUAUUCAAAAGCAAAGAAGAUGCUACCAGUGCACUCUACUACAUGAAUGGAAUCAAAAUAGAUGGAAAUCAACUUGCUUUGGAUAGGGAUAUUGUAUUCACUGAAGAAAGGCGAUAUGGAAGAGGAGAAGGAGGCGAUACGAUGCGCACCUCGAUGUCCAAAAGAAGAAGAAAUAGAUAA